ACGACGUGGAGGAAAUGGAGUAACUUUACAAGCAAGUCAUCAAGUUACGUCAGUAAUAAAUCAUUGGACUUUUUAUUGUUAAACAGAGAGGAUAUGCAUUAAUCUGAGAAUAGCUGCCAGUGAGAAAUUAACAGAGGGAUGUUGGGGUGUGAGGCUGUGAAUCUAGCAAUCUUUAGUGCAGCUAUCAGUAUUUGUUCCUCCUCUUCUCCUAACUUGUACAGAACACUGAAGAAGAAUGGAUUUCACAGGGAUUUGUUCACCAAGCUUCUGAUUCCGUCCUCCCUGACAGGACCAGGGUGUGAGUGUCUGAUAGAGGAAGAGCUCCCCCCGGGGAUGUAUGUAGAUCCUUAUGAACUAAAGAAUCUCAGGGAAAAGGGAGGACCCCAGUUCAUCAGUCCAUCCAUUGACAUUGAAAAACCAAAAGAGUUGUCUACCAGUUUUUCUCUCCUAAUUUACCCAGACAGACUUUCAAAGGAAGGCUCCGAGUUUGUAACAAAUGUAACAAUACCAGUUCAUGUGCGAUAUCACCAGCCUUUACCCGAGGAUAGCACAGCUCGAGUAGUAAUACAGAACCCACACAUCUAUCUUCUCUGUGAACAAAAAGAUUUGAAGGCCAUUAAGAAAACAGGAAAACAAUUGCCUUGUAGUAGUUUACAUGAAAACUGCACCUGGACAGAGAUAUCCUACAAAACAGAUGCCAUUGGUAUACAGUUUGAUGUCCCUGUGGGGAGCCUCAAUCAGCAGAUGACUGUUGUUAGUGUGACUGUGGCAGUGACUUUGAUUGGAUGUUUAUUUUUAUCUUCAAAGUUUCUACAGAAAUGAAUAAAAUAUAUCUACUGCA